GCAUCUUACUCGCACACGGUCAUGGAGCCUAUUACCACAUUUACAUUUAGUGACCUCCCAGUUGAGCUUGUCCUCAUCAUCCUCAGAUAUUACGUGCAACCCACCUUUGAUCAGACUGCUCCAUAUUACUCUAAAAGUCCAUAUUCAAAUGCACGCGCCCUCUGUCAUUUCUCCAGAGCUGUCAGGCGGGUGGUACUUCCAGAACUCCUGCACACCAUAUUGCUGGGGGACUGUCAAAAAGUGAGAGAGUUCGUGCUUGCUCUACAUAUGCAGAAAAAAUAUGCGGAGAAAGCAAACCACCUCCAUUUCGACUACAUUCCCCAUGUGCGCAAGAUCUGGAUCGGACCCGACGGUGGCCAUCUCAUACCAAAUUACUUGGACGACUGGGUCUAUGCAUCGGAGCGUGAGCUUGCUAUAAGCCUGCUGGCUCCGGUGCUACUCGUAGUACCGAAACUUGCCAUCGCUUGCACAAGUUUGGGUCUUCUUUCACAAUGCCUUGCACAUGCAUGGAAAUCCCAUGCAGACACAAGUGUCAACGACGAACAUUCCCCGCCUCCGUGGAACACACACACUCUGACCCUAUCGGGUGAUUCAGAAAUUUCAGAUGGCCUAUGGAGGCUCACAACCACUCCCCAAGGAUCUGCUUUCCUUUCUUCAAUCUCUCACCUCACCACUGGAUCCCACACGCUCACAUUCGACGAUCAUUUUUUUGAAGCCAUGCAUAAUGGUGUAUCUCGAGACUACCACCUACCCCUGCGGAUAAAGUGUAUUCCAUGGGAAUCGCUCAAGACGCUUCAAACAUUUUCAGUGGUCUACCCGCAUAUACUACCCUCCUUCAAUAUACGCGCGUUCGUCAAGUUCAGAACCGAGGGAAAGGACUUUCACGUGGGGCUGCUGACGUUGCCUGCAUCCUUGUUGAAGAAACACUGUCACAAUCCCACUCCCACUCCCUGGAAAAUACAUGCGUUUGCCGAGACUGGUCCUGGAGAGGGGCGUAUUCGAUCGAAAAAGAUUCGUUUAAAGGUGUCCCUUUCACCCGUACACUUUUGGUAUAAUUCUGAAGAUUGGGAGAAGGUUUGGGCGUGCGAGUUAUGGGACUGA